UUUUUUUUUUGUAUCCUGACAACCUUGCCUGGUAUUUUGGCACAAGUCCCUGGACUGUUGAUGUCAGCUGACAGAGGGAGUCACCAGGAGGGGCGGGGAGCCUGAAGGAGAGAGGGGAGGGGGAGGAGUGAGCGGGCUAUUCAAGGCACUUGUCCUCUGUCUCCCUCUGAGCUCUGAAGGGGGGGCGCACAUGCAUUGUGGGAAACGCACACACAUCAUAGUAGUGGACUGGAGCCGUUUUCACGAGCGCGCUGCAGAGUGACAGCAGCAAACGGAGCUCGGAGGCAAAAGCAGAGAGGCGUUCAAAGACGGCAGGAAAACUCUAAACUCUUCACUGGAUUUGCCCCCCUUGAUUUUUCCUCCCCUCUCUUUCAGCUCAUGAUCCAUAAAAAGGAAUACAAUUUUCGCUUUUAGAAGUGAACUUGCUGCGCGUGAGGACCUGCGCCCCGCUAUGGCAGCCCUGAUGGGACACGGGAACACGGUUUGCCUUUCAUCUUCUUUUCCCAGGCUUUGGACUGCUUUCAUCUGGACAGCUUUAGCGCUUUUCUGUCAAGUCUGGAGCUUCAACCUGGAUACUACUCACACACUGCACAAGUUAGGAGACCGGGGGACAUUCUUUGGUUUCUCUGUUGCACUUCACCAGCAGCUCACCCCUGAACCACAGAGCUGGAUUCUGGUUGGUGCACCACAGGCAGCGGGGCGGGGCUUGUUGCGGGGCAGCCGACCCGGAGCGCUGUUCAAGUGUCCAAUCACACCAGAGGAGUACGACUGCGAGAGAGUCAAUAUCGAUGGAGACGUGAGUUUGGACAGAGAAAGCAAAGACAACCAAUGGCUCGGAGUUACAGUCAAGAGUCAAGGAAUAGGAGGCAAGGUGGUGACUUGUGCUCACCUGUACGAGUUGAGACAACGUGUGGGGGAGGCGUUAGAGACCCGGGAUCCCAUCGGACGCUGCUACGUCCUGAGUGAAGACCUGACGGAGCGAGACAACCAGGACGGAGGAGACUGGAAGUUCUGUGAGGGUCGGACUCAGGGACACGAGCAGUUUGGCUUCUGUCAGCAGGGCCUGUCUGCCAGUUUCACUCCAGACAACAACUUUAUUCUGUUUGGGGCUCCGGGGACGUACAACUGGAAAGGUGAGAUGCGGGUCGAGCUCCUAAACCAGACCCUGCUGGACCUCGGUCUCUAUGACGACGGCCCGUAUGAGGUGGCAGAUCAAAAAGAGCUGAACGCCCAGCUCAUCCCUGUGCCCUCUCACAGUUAUUUGGGCUUUUCAGUAGACUCAGCAAUGGGACUGAUGAGCCUCGGGGAGCUGACCUUCGUGGCCGGAGCGCCCCGGGCCAAUCACACGGGGGCUGUGGUGCUGCUAAAGAAAGACAAUGUGUACCGGCUGGUGCCGCAGCACAUCUUCUGGGGCGAGGAGCUGGCGUCCUCGUUCGGGUACUCUGUGGCCACCACAGAUCUCAACAAAGACGGCUGGACAGACCUGAUUGUUGGAGCUCCAAACUUUUUUGACCGUAAGGCGGAGAUUGGUGGAGCCGUGUAUGUGUAUCUGAACCCCUUUGGCCACUGGGACGAUCAGGCUCGGCCCAUUCGUCUCAAUGGCACCUACGACUCCAUGUUUGGAAUGACGGUCUGCAAUGUGGGAGACCUGGACCAGGACGGAUAUGGAGAUAUUGCCGUGGGAGCUCCAUUUGAUGGAAAUGGAAAAGUUUUUAUAUACAGAGGCUCAGAUGCUGGAAUUGAGACUAAACCUGCUCAGGUUCUGGAUGGCCGUGACUUCGAUGUGGGACGCUUUGGAUACUCAAUCUCAGGAGGUUUUGACAUUGAUGACAAUCACUACCCAGAUGUAGCAGUGGGUUCUUUAAAUGACUCAGUUGUUCUGUUUAGGUCUCAGCCAGUGAUUCAUGUGAUCAGAGACAUAUCAAUUGAUCCUACUUACAUUGAUCUGGAACAACAGAACUGCAAGGACAGCGAGGGAGUUUGUGUGGAGGUCAAGGCCUGCUUUACCUUCACUGCCCAUCCACAACACUAUUCUCCACACAUCACCCUUGAGGUGCUUUUUGAAGCGGACACAGAGCGCAGGAAGCUGGGCCUUCCUCAUCGCGUGAACUUCCUGGGUCGCAGUUCGCUGGAACCGGAGUACACUCAGACAGAGGAGGUGGAGCUGCAUCGGCAGCGUCACCCUGCGUGCACCACCGCCACCUUCCAGCUGCACGAGGGCAUCCAGGACAAACUGCGUCCCAUAACACUAACAAUAACACACACGAUCAAGCGUGUGCCGCCACGCCGACACUCGGCUAAGAAACUGGAAAGGCUUCCACCUGUGCUGAGCAUCUCUCCAUCAAACGCUCUGAACUUAGAGGUGAACUUCCUUCGUGAAGGUUGUGGCUUGGACAAAAUCUGUCAGAGCAAUCUCCAGCUGAAGUACCAGUUUGGGACUCGACCUCUCAGCUCUGACCUUUUCACCCCUCUGCCAAGGGAUGAGGACGGCGUGCAGGUGUUCUCUCUGUCAGACCAGCAGCUGGUGGUGCUGGAAAUCACCAUCACCAACAAGCCCUCCGACCCUCAUCAGCCCGAGGAUGACGGCGACGACGCUCAUGUGGCUCAACUCCUCAUUUCGCUUCCAAACACGCUGUCGUAUUCCGGCUCCAGGGUUCCUGCAACGAUGAGAUGUCAAGCAAACCAGAACGGCUCUCAGGUAGAAUGUGACCUGGGAAACCCCGUCAAACGUGACACGAAGCUGAAAUUCUCCAUCAACCUGAGUACAUCCAACAUAACCCUUGACACCACAGAGCUGACAGCAGAUCUCCUGAUGACAACUUUAAGCGAGCAGGCGGGCCUCGUCCCCAUCACCGCCAUUGCUAAAGUUGUCAUAGAGCUCCCUCUGUCUGUCAGUGGACUGGCGCGUCCUCAUCAGCUGUUCUUCAGUGGUACUGUGAGGGGGGAGAGUGCGAUGACCAGACUGGAGGACAUCGGCAGCCCUGUGGACUUUCAGUUUGUGGUUUCAAACCCUGGAAAAGCUCUUCAAACCUUUGGUACAGCCUUCCUCAACAUCAUGUGGCCAUAUGAGCUGACAAAUGAGAAAUGGCUCCUGUAUCCCGCCAACCUGACGUUCCAGGGCCACCCGGGCCAGCACUGCUCCCCCAUAGGAGCCUUGAACCCUCUGAAGCUGCAGAGCUCCUCACCUGCUGAGCUUCCUUCAGCUGGAGAUACGAAGCUGAGCGCCGACUAUCGAAGAACCCGGCGCUCCUACCUGGAGGAAGAAGGUCACGUGAUCAAAAAAGGUUCCAUGGAACGGCCUUCACUGGCUGUUGCUGCUUCAGAGAGACGCAAGUCCUUCAAACUGGAUUGCCUGCUGGGGUCGGCUCGCUGUGUGCUGUUCCAAUGUGCUCUCCACAGCUUUACAGGACAGACUGUCCUCAAGAUCCAUGCCAGGCUCUGGAACAGCAGUUUCAUAGAGGAGUACCCAGCAGUCAGUGCGUUGGAGCUGGUGGUCAGAGCCAACAUCACUGUGAAGUCCAGCAUCAAACAUCUGGUCCUGAGGGACGCUUCUGCACAGAUUCCAGUGAUGAUCUAUCCUGAGCCUGGACUGGCAGACCAGUACUGGAUCCCCUGGUGGAUCAUCCUCAUCGCUGUCCUGGCCGGGAUCCUGCUGCUGACUCUCCUCGUCUGUAUACUGUGGAAGUGUGGCUUUUUCCGACGUGCUCCCUACAAAGACAAACUGCCUCAGUACCACGCGGUGAAGAUUCCUCGCCAGGACCGACCACAGUUCCAGACUGAGAAGUCAGGAAGUGUCCAUAAGAAAGAAUGGGCCACGCACUGGAGUGACGGGACUCUGUAACGUAGCACCGACUGACUGAACAACUCCACCAUGUGCGGCUCUCUUCCUGCCUUUGCAUCAGAACUCGUACUUGCACAGCGGCGGCGUGCGACUGGGUCUAAACUGUAGCCUGCAGAGAGUCUAUUUAUACUCUGAUUUCCAUCCCUGACAGGGAGCGUUGACGCUUCACCGUCUGUCUUCGGUUUGACUGGCAGAUCAAGGGAAAGAUUUGCACGAAUUCACAAAUAUGUUGUACAAUACGAGAUGCAAGCAGAGACACUGGUUGACACAAACGCCACAUGGUAAGGGAUGAUUCUGCCUUAACUGACGAGUCGUGUCGGAUUUUCAGAUACAAACUACAUUUGGGAAUUUUUCUUUAGUUAGCGCCGGUGAUCACUUGGAAGAUGUCAGAAACUAGAGUUGAAUGUGCUUUUUGUUAGACGCAAAAACAAAAAAAACAAACAAAAAUAAUGCAUUUGUUCACCCGUUUUCCAUCCAAUCACUCAAGAAAAUGAAAGUUUGUGUGUGUUGUUUUGAGUUAUGGUCAUAUGUGUUAGCAGCUAAUUGCUGCAUCCGCUGCCUGAGGAUCUUGAACAUAAACAAUGAAUGUAACACGCCAUGAAUAUUCUCUUGUUGUUGCACUGAAGGCAACUGUGUUUUCUAAACUCAUGAUUUAAAAUUUACAGACUUGUAUGUUGUAUUUGACACAUGAAAAAGUACAAAAGUGACGACACAAACUUGUUUUCUAAGAUCUGGACAAAAGCAAGAAAUUGCUUCAAAAAAUCUGCAUUUAGAGCAUCAGAGUAUUUUAAAGUUGUGCUGAGGUUCAUUCCCCCUGCCAGAAUGCGUGUCACCGGUCUCAGAUAUAGAGAGAACACUCAUAUGUUGUAGAUGAUUACAAUAUGCUUUAUUCUGGGUCUUUAUCGUCACAUUUGGAUGCUUUUCCCACAAAUUCUACAUAAAACGAGCAUUUCUUUUUAAAAAAGGGGGAAAUUUAUGAAAGCUAUAUUGUUAUGUAAAGAUGUAACAACAGACAUUUAUUAAAUAUUUGUUGUUUCUACCGUGCCCCCUGUCCUUUUACGUAGAAUAUGUGGUGAAGAAAAGAAAAAAAGGAAGUCAAACAAACUCACAUAAGCCCCAAAAUAGAUUCACCUUCUUUUACAAUUCUUGGAACAAAAAAAAACAAAUCAUCAAUGUCUGAGACUGGGGACACGUUUUCUGGCAGGGGGAACGCACCUUGGUGCAACUCCUUAAAUAAACUUUUGCAGAUCUGUCUGCACAGGCAUUUGUUCAGAUGCUGACUAAACACAAAAUGCAUUCUUCCUGCUGUGAAGGAACACAAA